CAUUUCUCAUCCUCUAGAGCUCUAGACAUCACUCUCUUCCAUCCCUUCUCAGUCCUCCACUGCAUCACACCCGCGCGUCCAACUCAAAUCCCUUAAACAGCAUAGACAAUCGCCUCUUCAGCUCUCCAGCGGCCCUCCUCUCGCCAGCUAGUCUUUCCAUCUUCCUCCCUCUUUCCUCACCCAAACAUCUCCACCAUGUCGCUCGACUUGCAGCAGUCUGUCUCUCAGCUCCAAAAGCUCUUCGACGCCGGUAACAAGGAAGAGGUCACAAAGCUUGCAACUCAGCUCAAGAUCAAGCUUGCUCAGUCUGGCCUCUACUUCGCACCACCAGAUGCCAACCCCCAGGAUCUUCUUGCAGCUCGCUCCAUCCUCGAGAUUGCCGCAUUUAAUGCUCUUCGGCGCGGUAACCUGGCUGCGUACGCGCAGUACAAUGCCGCCCUGCAACCAUUCUAUGCCAAUCUCUCCAGCACGCUUUCACCUUCCCCCAAUCGCCCCAUCAUCAUCGGUCUCGAGCUCCUCGCCAUGCUCAGCGAGGGCAAGUACUCGCAGUUCCACAUGACACUCGAGGCUCUGGACGUCGCAGACCUUGGCGACGUGUUCGUGCGCUGGCCCGUCGACCUGGAACGCUGGAUGAUGGAGGGCGCGUACAACAAGAUCUACCGCGCACGUGAGCGCGUCCCGCGUGAGGAGUACGCCGUGCUUCUCGAUCGCCUCAUGGGCACUAUCCGCGAGCAGAUUGCUCUUACCAUUGAGACAUCAUACCCCUCGUUGCCCCUCUCCAACGCCGCGCAGCUCCUGUUUUUCAAGGACGGCGAGACGUCGGCCCUUGUCCAGUAUGCGUCUGAGCGCGGGUGGAGCCUGGAGCCCUCUACACAGACGUUGACAUUCCCCAAGUCGCCGAUUCCCGACAUUGCGCUUGCGGCGGUUGCGGCGCACGACUCGUCGCGUAUUGCAUUGGACAUUGCAGGCGGAAAGGGCAUCAAGCGCGGGGUGCCCAUGCAGAGCAUGAUCCGGCCCGCGCUGCAGCUGGCGCACGAGCUCGAGUCGAUUGUUUAGAGCAGGGGAUGUACAUGUAUAGCAGCG